AGGAGCCGAGGACUCAGCGGGAAGAGCCGGGACUUUGUCACACACAGACUGGGAGGGCAUAAAAGUUCAGUGCUUCCUUUGUUUAGGUCCCUCCUUGGAGGAACAAGCUCAAGCUGUUUCUGUGUUAUUGUACUGUUAAUAAAUUGCUUUAAGGAACCAGACUUUUGAGGCUCUGCUAAGGAAAACCCAGGCUUGAGACGGCACACUGCUGUACCUGCUGUCCCCACUGCACAGGACUUCUCCCACCCCGGCUGAUUGGGUGUCCAGUGUUUCACCGAGCUUUAUAGCCAACUGCAACAAAAGCAUUCAGUGAUGGCACUGGGGUCUGAACGUGCAACUGUGGAUCCCUUAAGUCAGGUGGACUCCGGCAGAAUCCAGAAAUUGACUAAUCUCAGCCAGGACUCGGGAGUGAUGUCGCAACAACUCCUUUACCGAGCUCUGGUAUCUGCAAAAUGGCUUUCAGAAGCCAUCAAGUCCCAGCAAGCUGGCCUGGCCUUGAAAAUCGUGGAUGCAUCGUGGUAUUUGCCGAAGAUGAAGCGCGAUCCGAAGCGCGAGUUUGAGGAGCGCCACAUCCCUGGUGCGGUUUUCUUCGACAUUGACCAGUGCAGUGACCGAACCUCACCUUACGAUCACAUGCUGCCCAAGGCUAAUGACUUUGCCGAGUAUGUGGGGAAGCUGGGCGUGGGGAAUGAUUCCCAUGUUGUGGUGUAUGAUGGCAGCGACCAAGGUCUCUUCUCAGCACCUCGGGUAUGGUGGAUGUUCCGGGUCUUUGGACAUGAAGCUGUCUCCCUUCUGGAUGGUGGCCUGAAGAACUGGCAACGAGAGGGGAAUGCACUUAGCUCUGGGAAAACCCAGGUAGCUCCAUCUGAGUUCCAUGCCUCCUUGGACAAGUCCCUGGUGAAAACAUAUGAGGACGUCUUAGAUAACUUGGAUUCCCGUCGCUUCCAACUAGUGGAUGCCCGUGCUGCAGGACGGUUCCGGGGAGUAGAGCCAGAGCCCCGAGAUGGAAUUGAGCCUGGUCAUGUCCCCGGGUCGACGAGCAUCCCCUUCACUGAUUUCCUCACAGAGUCUGGCUUAGAGAAGACCCCUGAGCAGAUCCGCACUCUGUUCCAGGAGAAGAAGGUGGACCUCUUGAAGCCAGUGGUAGCCACGUGUGGCUCUGGGGUCACUGCCUGCCAUGUGGCUCUGGGGGCCUACCUCUGUGGCAAGCCAGAUGUCGCAGUGUACGACGGGGCCUGGGUGGAAUGGUACAUGCGGGCACAGCCUGAAAAUAUUAUUUCUGAGGGAAAGGGGAAAACAGUGUAAUAAGCUGCAUUGUUUCCCAGCUGUGCACGUAGCUUGCCUUGAAACAGGAUUUGGAAAAGAUGGGUUUAGCUUUCCUGAUUAAGUGUCUUGAGAUGAAGGCAUUGGAUAACAAUCAUGCGCACAUGGUGCUUCGGCACUUUCUCCUUACCCUGCUGCUGCUUAGGAGGAUGAAGAUGACAGCAGUUCUGGGCAGCCAGCUCUAGGUGACCCUGCUUGAGAAAAUAGGGUGGAACAGAUGUCCUCUCAAGGUCACUUCUAACCUCAGCCAUUCUGUGAUUCUGUGACCAUUUCACCUUAUCAGUUGGAUGGCAGAGAGUGCUGCUGCCAGUAUGGGGAAUUAAUUGAGUUAAGCCAAGCUCCUGACUCAAAACAUUCAAUCAUGCUCAUUCACGGGAUGGUCAUACUUAUAUAACUGUGCCUCAUAAUCCUGCUCUCUGCUUCUGUCCCAUCCAUGCAUGUUAUGGCCACUUUGAGUGCAAAACUUUGUGGGAAGAGAUGGCUGUUAAAGGAGCAAAUACAGCAUUCAGGUUGGCACUUAGGCUAGAGACUUGAUUUGUGUUUCUUCUUGUACUUGGACUCUAGUGUGUACUUAGCCAGCCUUGUAGCCCUAUUGUCCAAAAUCCCCCUUGAGAAAAAGAAAAGAUUAUGGGAUUUAAACCAUGUAAAUAAACAUGUUUCAAGGUCUUUCUGCUGAAUGGAAUUUACCUGAGUGUUGCUUAGGUGAAUACUUUUCAAGAGUUCUGUUUUUAUGGAAUCACGUUGUCCGCAGUGAGAUUCAAAUGAGACAUUUCCUUCUCUCUGAAAGUAGAGCCACACCUGUUAACCUCAACAAGCUCUUUGACCCAGGAAGGACAGUGACAUGCCUCUCUCCUGGGUCUCUGCACCAUCUACCUGCUUUCAGUUCUAAGUCCAUUUGCUUUUUUUGCCUUAAAGUCCACAGUUGUAGGUUACAGCUCUGUUCUUGAAACACUGGAUGUCAGCUUACAUAGUGGAAAAUGGACUGCAUGGGUAUUUUCAUUCUUGCCAUGUAACCUUUCCCUGCAAACUUAGCAGAACUGAGACCUUCAGAGGAAUAGCCCACACUGAAACCUAUUUUUCCCCAAGACCUUUUUCUUUUAUGUCUAAGAGUUGAAAGUACACCAGGUAUCCCUGAUAAUGUUCAAGAUUUUGUUCUCUCUGAGAUUUUCUCCUCAUGUGAGGAGAAAAUGCCCAAAACUAAACAAAAAAAAAACCCACAGAAACCUCCCGCCAAAAAAAAAAAAACAAAAAAAAAACCCCAAAAGCCUGCAUCUCUUUUGGCCUACUGCUAACUUAAAAGUUAAUGUGACAGUUUCUUCUCUUGGGCUUGCAGCAACAGGUACCUGUAAACAUCUGUGGAUAGUGGGGUUGGACUUUCUAGGGAAUGCAGUGGGUACUUAUUGUCACAGUUUUGACUGUAAGGACUGGAUUCUUCCC